CAAACUUAGGCCCUGGCAAGUCACAAGUGGGAGAAAUGUCUAUACCAAGAUUCCUAAAAGUAACAUAUGGACCGUAUGAUAAUUAUAUUCCAGUCAGUGAAUUAAGCAAAAAAUCAUGGAAUCAGCAGUACUUUGCCUUGGCAUUUCCCAAACCACCAAGGCCAGGAAAGAAACGGAGAUCACUACCUUCCCAAUUACGCAACAAUACAGCUCCUGUAAUUGAUGAACAAAAAUUAGGAGUUCACAGACCACCAUUAUGGAUGCACCGUUCCCUGAUGAGAAUUCCUGAGAGACCAUCCGUUUAUUUAGCUGCCAGGAAGGGCCUUCCUCCAAAACCACGUCGUUCUGCCAAGGGAGAAUCUAAAGAUGCAGGCCCACACAAGACUUCGUCUUCAGAAAAGGCAAAGAAAGAAGAGAAAGUGAAAAAGGGUGAAUCUGAAGCGAAAGAGAAGACUGCGUCGAAGAGAGUCAAGGAAGAAAGUCCCAAACCAGUGGCCAAGAAAAGUUCAAAGGAUUCCCAGAAAGACAAAGGGUCAGCCUCAGAAUCUGAAGGUGAAAAGGCUGGCGGAAAGAAAGAAGCCAAAAAAGGUAAAAAGGAACCAAAAUCCAAGGGGUCAACUUCAGAAUCUGAAACAGAAAAGGCUGGUGAGAAGAAAGAAUCCAAAAAAGCUAAAACAGAGCCAAAGGAUAAAGGGUCAGCCUCAGAAUCCGAAGCUGAAAAGGCUGGCGUGAAGAAAGAAUCCAAAAAACCUAAAAAGGAAUCAAAGGAUAAAGUGUCAGCCUCGGAAUCUGAAGCUGAAAAGGCUGGCGUGAAGAAAGAAUCCAAAAAACCUAAAAAGGAAUCAAAGGAUAAAGUGUCAGCCUCGGAAUCUGAAGCUGAUAAGGCUGGUGAGAAGAAAGAAUCCAAAAAACCUAAAAAAGCUAAAAAGGAAUCAAAAGAUACACUUGCAGAUUCAGAUGCUAGCAAGGCUGGUGAUAAGAAAGGAAGCAAAAUUGUUAAAAGGAGCUCCAAGACCAAGGAAAUACCCGCAGAUUCUGAAAGUGAGAAGGGAGAGUUAAAGAAAGCAGGCAAGAAAGAAGGCAAGAAGAAAGAAAAUAAAAAGGAGAAGAAGACAGAUGGAGACUCAAAGGAGGAUGGCAAGAAAGACAAGAAAGAGAAGAAGAAAGACAAGAAAGACAAGAAAGACUCUGCAGGUGAUUCCUGGGAAUCAAAAAAGGAUGAAAAGAAGACAAAGAAAGAGAAGAAGGCAAAGUAGGUCUUGGAUCAGAACUCAAACUGAAGGAAGAG